AUGUCGCAGCAUCACCCCGCCCAUCACCACCAGAUCCUAAUGGAUCCGGCGCAUCUCGGCGGCCAUCCGGCCGCUCGCCAUAUGGCUCACCAGCCUUCACACUAUGGCCCAACACAGUCGCCUCACUCCGUAGUUGGUCCACCGCUAUACCCGGCUAUGACGCCUACUCAGCCGCACAGUGCUGGGACGAAACGCAGUCGUCCAGACGAUCUUGACUUAUCCGGCGGGAUGUCUGAACUUGAAUCAGGCGAUCUAGAUAACAUGCAGCAGUCUAUGGGAGCCGCAUAUGCGCAGCCUCCUGGAGCAGCUCCAACUCACCAUCAUCACCGCUUACCAGAUCAAGGGCCGCCUUCGAAGAUGAUGAGACGCGAAGGUGACGGAAGCAUGGGGGCCGCUGGGGGUGGCGCUCCGAGCGUAGUAGGACAAGCCGGAAUGCCACCGCCGGCACCGAGGCCAAGAGGGCCGAAGCUAAAGUUUACGCCGGAAGAUGACGCACUACUUAUCGAUCUAAAGGAAAACAAAAGCUUGACGUGGAAACAGAUUGCCGACUUCUUCCCGGGCCGUUCCUCGGGUACGCUCCAGGUCCGGUAUUGUACGAAGCUCAAAGCAAAAACGACUCAAUGGACGGACGAAACAGACCAAAAGCUUCGGACGGCGCUUCAAGACUACGAAAACGAGAAGUGGCGCUUCGUUUCCAACAAAGUUGGCCCCGGGUUUACUCCUCAGGCUUGCCGAGAGCGGGCGGCGCAGCUUUCUGGAGAGGUGGCGGAUGUUGGGGAGGAAAACUUAUAG